CUACUAGUUCUGCCUAUGGAAACUUGAUGCGGCGGCCGUGUUCCCGGUGUUUGAUUGGUGAGGUCUGGGAAGAUGGCUUCUUCUGAUCAGGCUGAUCAGUCAGUGCAGAGUGGCCCCUCUCUUAUCAAUGAAAAGACUGUACCAAGAGACCAGCUGAUUGCCACAGCUGUGAAAUUUCUGCAAAAUCCUAGAGUCCGCCAGAGCCCGGUAGCUACCAGAAAAGAAUUUUUGAAGAAAAAAGGAUUGAGCAAUGAAGAGAUUGAAUUGGCUCUGCAGCAGUCUGGCACAGCCCAUGAUGACCCUGGUCUCAUGACACAUACUGUUAUUCCCCACUCAGGACCAUCCUCUCAGCUUGCAGUGCAACAAUUUAGCCCCCCAGGGUCCCGAUGGAGAGAAUAUGGAGCUCUGGCAAUUAUCCUGGCUGGCAUAGCCUUUGGUUUCCAUCAGCUGUACAAGAGAUACCUGCUCCCAUUGAUCAUUGGUGGCAGGGAAAGCCGCAAGCAGCUGCAGCGUAUUGAGUCUGGGGUGUCUGAGAUGAGUGGCAGUGUGACACAGACAGUGACUCAAUUGCAGACAACCCUAGCAGCUGUACAGGAACUGCUGAUCCAGCAACAACAAAAGAUCCAGGAACUGUCCCUGGAACUUUCUGCUUCCAAGGCAUCCAGUUCUACGAACACAAUUCUUGAGUCCCAAAACAUUCAAGAACUAAAGUCUGAAAUUUACUCUUUGAAAGGGCUCCUCCUUAACAGGCGGCAGUUCCCACCAUCUCCCUCUGCUUCCAAAAUUCCUGCUUGGCAAAUUCCAGUAAAACCUCCAACACUUCCCAGCCCAGCUGUAUUAAACCACAACAGCAGCAGUGAUAUCUCUCCUGUAAGCAAUGAGUCUGGUUCAUCUUCCCCUGUGAAGGAGAUCCACAGCCCAGAAGGAUCUAAGGGAAGCUCCCACCAUCUAGGAUUAAGAGCAGAAGAAUCUGAAAUUGAUGUUCAGACUCAGGUUCGCAUGGAAGUGCAGGGUGAAGAAGAGAAUGAGGAUGAUGUUGUGCAGCCUGAUGAAGAUUGCAUUGGUGUUCAGACUGAAGAUCGUAGAGGUGGAGAUGGACAGAUCAAUGAGCAAGUAGACAAGCUGCGUCGGCCUGAAGGAGCCAGCAAUGAAAUGGACUGAUUGUAGGUUGACUGUAGUAGAGAGUUCUAUGUCUCCCCUGUAAUCUUUUGCUCCCAAAAAAACUUUCAAGAUGAAUACACAGAAGGCAGCAAUUUGGACCUCAGACCAGAACUUAUAAUUCCCUGAACUACCAGUGCACAACAAGCGGUCGAUCCAUUUUAGUGUGCACUAUAUUUUUCCUUGUUUUUCAGGUGUCAAUAUUGUUGAACCACUGCAGUAAUUCAAGUUAUCCCUUUACCACUUAAUAUUUAUUAUAUUGUACAGAGUUAGGGGUUCUGUCUGUUUCACUCCUCAAACUCUUAACUAAAAAUCAUAGUAAAUUCCAGUGAUUAAACUGCUAAUAAUUACCAAUUACUAAUUAUUAUAAGUCACUGAGGAGUUUCAUAACUAUAUAAUGACACAAGUUCGAAGACUAAGUUUUUUUAUACAAGAUAUGGAACUCUGAGGUGAUUUGUAAUAUACAAAUAUUUUACAAAUGGGGGUAUAUUAUUUUUAUAAAAGUUUCAGUGAGUCAAGUGAAACAAGUUAACUAAUGGCAUCACUGAACACUAUUUAUAAGGAUACAAUUUUCAGGAUAUUCAUUGCUCUUGAGUUUAAUACAAAAAGCAGUUUAAGGUGGUUAACUCUUGACAAACUUAUGGCACAUUCACUCCAGCCUUGCUUGCACAUUGCUUAACAACACAUUUUUUUCCAUUUAAUUGAAUGGAAUUCCUAAAUGUACAGUCAAUCACACUCUAACUUUUUUGCUAGGAAAACAGAUUUUAUGUCUUUGGCAGUUAAAGGACUAUGCAGUGGACAAAAAAAAUGUAAUUGUUGCCUACGUUUAGAAGCUUUAUGGUAAAUAAGUACAAUUUCUAAAUAAGGAGGUCUGUUAGUACUGUGUACCCACCAUCCACCUUUUACACUAUGAUAUGAAAGAUUAAUGAGAGCAUAUAGCUAAAAUUUUGACCAAAUCUAGGUGAUAAAAGGAUAUUAUACUUUGACAUCUAUCUGUAAUGCCUACAAAUUGAAAAAAAAAAUCUCACCUCAAAAAUUGCAUGAUUGCAGCAUUGCACCCUGUAAACUUCCACAACAGACUGUGCUCAUUAGUGUGCUAAUGUAUAGAUGAAUUGUACAUAAUUGUAAUAAAGAAUAAUUACACCAUA